UGACAUUUUACUAAAUAAAACAAUUUUAGUGGUGGACUUGAAACAAAUUUACAUUUAUUUCAAUAUUAGGCAGUAUGGGCACCGAAGUGGCAUUAUCGUUUAGUACAUUACGUACCCAACUAGAAAAUGAAAAGAGCAGUUUAUAUAAAAUUGACGAAAAUAUCAAGAAAAUCGUGCAAACAACGGGACGGUAUUCCGAUAGGUUUAACAAUCAAUCUGGUGAAUAUAUGAGAGGAGGAGCCCGCCCCGGCCGUAAUUCUUACCCGGAAUCAAACAACUACAACAAAAACGAUGAGCUUUUCGGCAAGAGGAAACAUGAAACCAAAACCGUAUUUAGCAGGCUCUCAGCUCGCAACGACAGUGACAACGAGGAGGAGGAGUCUCCGGGCGGCAAGCGCGCGCGCAUGUCGUCGGCGGUGUCGCGCGAGCUGCCCACGCGCGCCGCCGUGCUGCGCGCGCAGUCCGGCGACGAGCAGGCCCGCACCAGGAACAGACGCAUCUUCGGCUCACUGCUCGGGACACUGCAGAAGUUCAAACAGGAGGAGAUUGGAUUGCAGACUAAGGAAGAAAAAAAGGCCCAGGUUGAGAGAAAAAUAGAGGAGCAGGCUCGUCAGCAGAAGGAGAAGGAACAGAAAGAGAGGAAAACCUUGUUUGCCGAGAGAGACCACAAGAAGGCCACCAUCAAGGCUCUUGAAGCCAAAAUGAACCGAGUGCAGGAGUUUGAGCAGUGGGAGGCCUCACAGAAACACCUCAGCAACUUCAUCUACACUAAAGCCAAGCCCUACAUCUACUGGAUCCCAAAGAAAAUGACAGAAAAGGCAACAGAGCUACUGGAGUCCAGUAGAAAGUAUCAUGAAAAAUGCCUGGAAAAGAAACGAGAAGAGCUUCAAGAGGAACUACAGAGAAUAGAGCAGCGCUGCCUGCGAGUGAAGGGUCCCGCGGCCAAGGAGAAUGACCCCGACCACAAUCACGACAACAUGGACACGAAGAACACUAGAGAACGGAAAGACUCCACCAUGGAGCAUGACGGCACUGCGGAACAUGAUGACAGCAGCAGCAAGAGAGACAAGUUCGCGACUGAUGCAGACGACAAGGAUAAGGAGGACAGUGAUGUGGAUGAACAGGAGAAGGUUGCAGAUGCCGUGCAGCCCCAUGACAGCCCUGUUAAAGAACAAGAACAAGAAGUGAAAGAAACUUCAGACGACCCACCUGCAGCAGAGACGACACAAGACAGCGUGGAGUGUGACGUCACCAUGGAGACAAGUGCACUGCUGGACACCACGGCCCUCGACCAGGAGGCGGACCGGGACCACUCCCCAGACCAGCCCUAACCACCGGCCCACUGACUGCGGUGUGAGAGAUUUUACGCCAUUGGAGCAGUGAAAAGUAAACGCAGUAUGUUGCGGGUUGCGGGAAAGUUGCUGCACUAUACUUGGUAAAAUAAAUAUAGCAUGAGCAUGACGUUUGAUUGACAGAUCCUUAUGCCAGGUAAAUAAAGUUGGCUUUCCCUUAAAAACGAAAAAUUACCAAUAAAAUGUAAAUGUAUGGAUUUGAAAGCUGUUAUAGGGCUCAUGGUAUAUUUUACAAAGCAUAAUUCAGUACCAUCAUGACCAUGACAUGAAUGACAUCGCGUUUACUUUUCAUUGCACGAACGGUAAUAAAAUCUCCCACAAGGCCCUCUGACCGCACCUGCUAGUGACCUUCUUUCUACUACUUUAUAGUGUAAAGUUUAUACCAUCAGAAUGUUACUCCUACAGAUAAUAGUGGUUAUGAUUUAGCUGCCCUUCUUUAUAGCUGAUUGAUAAUGUUCUACAGAUGACUAUGAAGAGAAAAUAAUAGUGUAAUUAAGUUCUUUAGAUUACUGUGGUGUUUAAGUCAUUAACUAUUCCAUUUUGAGAGUGAAAAGUAAGUGAAAACAAGACAAUAAAAAUUGUUUUCGUGAAAUUAC